ACCGAACUCUUCUCUCUCUCUCUCUCUCUUUUUGUUUGCUUCUUUAUCUCCAGCUGUGAAAGGAGGGAGGAGGAGGAGAGACUCCUGUGCAGAAAUGUGGCACCUUUGGUGAGCUCUCCAACGUCCUCUUUUGCUCUUUGCUCCCGCAUUGACAGAUGGCGGAGAUUGGGUUGGAGAUUUGCACUUGGGACCAAAUCUUUCAGUAGAUUUGCUCCGAAUCUUCGCUCUGAAAUGCUCUGCACCGAAUUCAAUCAGAGUUUGUUUAGCCAUUUUGCUUCUGUUCGCGCUUAGACAUUUCGGUGGGGUGGAUUAAUUGUUGGAUGGGGGCGAUGCGAUAGCUUCCUGAAACCACGAAAUCUUUGAUACAUCUUUCUUGACUGCUGCGGUUUCGACAGGAAUCAGAGAUUUUCUUGAUUUUUAGGGGAAAAUUUUUUAGAUUUUCCUAAUGACACAAGUGGAAUGACUGGAGAACUAACAUCAAAGUUCAAGUAUGUUGUCACGUAGAACUUCAAUUUUCUUUAAACUGAUGGAAUAUGGAUUGAAGUUGAGGCUUCAUAUGUAACACUGAACCUUUUCUAAGAUACGCUAGAUAUGGAUAAGACCUGAUCCGAGUCAUGUCUGCCUGGUGGUAAAUGUUAGAUAAUAUCUAAUAUCCUUUAAGAAAUUGACCAUUGAUACUACUUGCUAGUUUUGCCACGAGUGUCUGCUAUAAAAUCUGUGAGGACCUGACAGGGGAAAACUUGCAGCAGUUCCCUUUGAGCAUAGUGGAUAGCUUGGCAUACAUCCUGGAUUAUGCAUGGUAACUUUUUGUGUUUAUUCAUCCAUGGAUUAACAAUCAGGUUUUUCUAGACUUGUUGUCGUUACAUAAGAUUUGAUGUUCAAUGUCUGCUAGAUUCGCUCACAUAAUUAGUUUCUCAUUAUGUAGUAAAUGCGUAAUUUUAAUGUUUAAGGUUUGAUAGAUUGUUCAUGCCAUUAGUUCGUCGUUAGUGAGUAAGUGCACAAGGUUUAAGAUUUUACUAAAUUCAUUCAUGUUAUUGGUUUCUCAUUACCGGGUGCACAUGCGAUUUUCAAUGUCUAAGGUUUUUUCUGGUUUAGGUUAUGUUACUAAUUUGCCGUUAAGGAGUACAUGCACAAAGUGUAAUGCUAAAGGUUUGCUAGAUUUGUCUAUGCUGUUAAUUUGUCACUGACUAGUAAAUGCCUAUGGUGGUUAUUUAAAGCUUGAGGUUUGAUAGAUUCAUUUAUAUUAUUAGUUUGGCAUUAGCUAGUAAAUGUGUAUGCCCGUUGUGCAGGUCGGUACAUCUAUUGAUGUUAUGAUGUCUUGUUAUCAUGAUGAACAUUAGGGGGGGAAUUCUGCAGCACUUUCUCUUUUACAGAGCUGAUUGGUGAAAGGAAGAGGAUUACUGCAUCAUGACAUUUUGUAGAUUGGAUAAGAGCAGGAAGAGGGCUUAGAAACUGAUGCAAAGGUUCUAAACACUGAACUUUGUGUUCUCCGUGGAGCACUUUCUCCAAUCAUGAAGGUUACCAAUAUAGUUUCUGGCUCUCAUGGAGUGACAGUAGGUGAUGAAGAUUUAGCUAGUCCGAUGUCAAUAUUCCUGAAAAGGCAAGUCGUGGUCGCAAAUUUCCUUCCGCUGCAUACCGCUCGGGAUAAAACAACUGGAAAAUGGUGCUUUGAGUGGGAUGAAGAUUCUUUACUCUUGCAGAUGAAAGAUGGGUUUUCCCCUGAAAUUGAGGUCGUCUAUGUAGGUAGUCUGAAGGUUGAUGUAGAUGCAGAAGAGCAAGAAGAGGUUUCACAAGAGCUCUUAGAGGAGUUUAAGUGCAUACCAACUUUUCUAGCUCCUCAUCUCCAAAGAAGCUUCUACCAUGGCUUCUGUAAAAGACAUCUUUGGCCACUUUUUCAUUACAUGCUGCCCAUCAGUGCGGCACAAGGUGAGCUCUUUGAUAAAUCUCUUUUCGGAGCCUACAUUUCUGCCAACAGGAUAUUCGCUGAUAAAGCCAUGGAGGCAAUGAAUUCAGAUGAGGACUAUAUUUGGAUUCAUGAUUACCACCUCAUGCUUCUACCAAUUCUCCUAAGGAAGCGGCUGAGUCAAGUCAAGCUUGGUUUUUUCCUUCAUAGCCCAUUCCCAUCCUCAGAAAUCUAUAAGACUCUUCCUGUUAGAGAUCAACUGCUUAAGGGGUUACUGAAUGCUGAUGUAAUUGGUUUUCAGACAUUUGAUUAUGCACGCCACUUCCUUUCUUGUUGCAGCAGGCUGCUAGGCCUAGAUUACAAAUUUAAGCAUGGGUACAUAGGAAUUGAGUAUUUCGGCCGUAUUGUGAGCAUUAAGAUUGCUCCAGUUGGUGUUCAUGUUGGCCGGCUUGAGAAACUUCUAAAAUGUCCAACCACAAUUGCCAAGGUUCAAGAGAUUAAACAAAGAUUUAAAGGGAAGACAUUAUUUCUUGGUAUUGAUGACAUGGACAUCUUCAAGGGUAUGAGUUUGAAGCUUUUAGCGUUUGAAUUUAUGUUGCAGAGGAAUCAAAAUCUUAGAGGUAAGAUGGUCCUGAUUCAAAUUGCUAAUCCUCCAAGAACAGUGGGAAAAAAUGUGAUGGAAACAAGAAGUGAGGUGAUCUCAAUUGUUGAAAGAAUAAACAGUGUCUACGGUAGUCCAGGUUAUGAACCUGUGGUCUUUAUGGAUUAUUCUAUUCCCUAUCACAUGAAGAUCGCAUAUUACGUGAUGGCGGAUUGUUGCAUUGUAAAUGCUGUCAGGGAUGGUAUGAACUUAGUACCAUAUGAGUAUGUAGUUUGUAGACAAGGGACGGAGGAGAUAGAUAGACAUCGAGGCAUUAAUAUGGUGCGAUGCACAAGCACACUGAUCGUCUCUGAAUUCAUCGGCUGUUCUCCAUCCCUGAGUGGAGCUAUAAAAGUCAACCCUUGGAGUCUUCAGGAUGUUGCUGAUGCCUUGUAUCAUGCGAGUGAGCUGUCUGAAAAUGUGAGGCAGUUGCAUCACGAAAAACAUUAUCGAUAUGUUAUCUCUCAUCAUGUAGCUUAUUGGGUUCAGAGCUUUCUACAGGAACUAGAAAGAGCUUGUCAAGGCAAUUGCAAUCAGAAAUACUACCGCCUUGGUAUUGGUUUAAACUUCAGAGUUGUUUCUCUUUCUCCAGAUUUCAGAAAGCUAUCUGUAGAUGAACUUGUCUCUUCAUACAAAAGAACCAAUCACAGGGCAAUAUUUUUGGAUUACGAUGGAACCAUAAUGCCUGCAGGUUCUGCAUGUAAAAUCCCCUCAACGAGACUCAUUUCCAUUCUUAAUGACCUUUGCACUGAUCCCCAAAAUACAGUUUUCAUCGUCAGUGGAAGAGAGAGGACUGCUCUUGGUGAGUGGUUUUGUUCUUGUACAAACCUAGGAAUCGCUGCUGAGCAUGGCUAUUUCAUCAGAUGGAACGUAGACUCCGAUUGGGAAUCUUCUCCACCUUUCGGUGUGAGCUUUGAGUGGAGAAAUACUGUUGAGCGGGUGAUGAAAUCAUACACCGAGGCAACAGAUGGUUCCUUUAUAGAAUCAAAGGAAAGUGCACUGGUGUGGAAUUAUCAGGAUGCUGAUUUUGAGUUUGGCUCCUGUCAAGCCAAAGAGCUAUCUAGUCAUCUCGAGAGUUUGCUUGCCAAUGAUCCAGUUGUUGUUCGAAGGGGCCACUAUAUUGUUGAGGUUAUACCUCAGGGAGUGGGUAAAGGGAGGGCAGUUGAUAAAAUUCUCGGACAACUGGUAGCCAAUGGAAAGCCACCAGAACUUAUCAUCUGUGUUGGCAAUGACCGAUCUGAUGAAGACAUGUUCCAGAGCAUCAACAACGCCACGAAAAAAGAAUCUUCGACCGCAGCUCCUGAGGUCUUUGCCUGCACAGUUGGUCAAAAGCCAAGCAGUGCCAAGUAUUACAUCGACGAAACCAGUGACGUGCUUCUGUUGCUAAAAGCUCUUGUGCAGUCCCAGAACAAAAUAGUCUCCCCUUGAGCUACAGACCAUAAACUCUGUUGUACAUCCCAUACCAGCUCUCUGUAAUGUUUUUGUCUCCACAUUACAAAGUUCUGAAUGGUGCUUCUUGGUGUC